GGGUUCCAUUGGCUUUGACAUCAUCAUCAACUGUUUGUGGACCCCUCGAACAAACUUUGUUCUCAAAGCAAAAACGUAAACAAAUCGGACGGACCGCAAUGAAGUAAAUUUUCGUUCAUUCACCAAAAAAUGGAUCGAAUACUAGAAAAUCCAACUUGUCGAGUAUGCCUAUCGGCGGCAGACCCAUCGCGACCAAUGUGGCCAUUGUUUGAAUCAUUUUGGCAACAGAAAACACCGGCCGACAUCAUUCAGUACUGUUUUGGAGUGGAAGUAUCGAAAAGUAGUGCAGCUAACAGGGAUAGGAUCUGUUCCAACUGCAAAACCGAUCUGGAUGCAGCGCUUCGAUUUGUGACACAACUCAAGGCAUCGGUGGAAACGCUCGACACCGUAACUCCCAAGGAUGAGAGCGGACUUUUUCACGAAAACUCUGAAGUAUGCAUAACCGAGAUUGAGAUCAAAACCGAAAGCUCUGAGGAGUACAUUGAGGAAGAGAAUAAAAUAGAAAUCAUAGAAUGCAUCGAAGAGGUUCAUCCGAAAAGACGAAAGCCAAGAAAAAGAUUAGAAGUUACUCAUUUACAAUCUCAGGAAAAACUACGAGAGCACACCGAGCCAAACCCCACGCCACCACAUAUUCCAACCAAAACGGAAGCUUCUUCCUCUUCAGAAGAAGAAGAUCACAACGAGGACAACGACUAUGAUCAGAACCUUACCUCCGGUGAAGAUCCCGACUACGACGAGUCCGACAAACCGCCGGCUAAGCGAGCCUACACAAAACCGACAAAUAUACCAAAACGUUGCUGUUCGUGCAAGGAACCGCUGGAUAGCCACGAAAAGGUGCAAAAACAUUCCGAUCAGUAUCAUUUGAACUCCCGUAUCACCAAUCCAAAAGAGUACGGCGAUCGACUGUUCGAGUGUUCCGUCUGUUACGAACGCUUCGACACCAAAAUACUGUACCUCAGACAUCAACGGAAAAUGUACGUCGACGAGCUGCAUCCUUGUCCGAGGUGCGAAGAGGAUUUUGCCAAUCUGUUUGUUCUGAAACAACACAUCAAGUUUGAGCACAAGAAACAAUUAAAGUUUGCCCAAAUGGAAGAGAUGCGAAGUAAGGCAAACUUGUGCUGUGGAUGCACAAAGCAAUUCCCGACCGCAGACGCUCUCAAGGAGCACGUCGAAAAGACGCACGCCCGGGAACGAGUGUUCUACGAUACGUCCAAGACAUUCGAAUGUGGAAUUUGCUAUAACCGGUUCAAAACCUGUAAAUCACUGAAACAUCACCAGGUUCGAUUCUUCAAAGAAAAGAAAUUCAUUUGUACGCUGUGCGGGAAGUCUUUCCGCGAAAAGAUGCGACUGGCGGAACAUGAGAAUCUGCACCGAAAAAUUGCUCCCUUCCAGUGUGUCCACUGUCCGGCAAGGUUUGCAAUCAAGAAUUCUUUCGAGGUGCACGUGAAAAUGCACGAUGCCGAGGAAAUCUACAACUGCGAAUAUUGCGGUAAAGGUUUCCGCAAGAAGAGUCUCCUGAUGGGGCAUCUGCAGAUCCACGAUACGGACCGCCCGUUCAAGUGUCACCUCUGCCCGAUCACUUUCACGCGACAGAACCUGCUCGAUGCGCAUCUGCUGGGACACAGCGGCCUGAAGCCGCACAAAUGCACACAGUGUGCGGCAUCCUAUAUCCAUCAGCGGGAUCUGAGGAGGCACAUCCGCGAGAAGCACGAAGGGAUUCGCAGCUUCAAGUGUAAUCUCUGCCCGAAGGCGUACAUCCGACAUAAGCUGCUGGAAGCUCAUCUGAAGACGCAUAAUGAUGAUUGAGGGCAGGAUGGGGUUUAUCUAAUACGACGAAAAUGUUUAUAAUUGUGUAAUAAACUGUGUUCCAAC